AUGGUGAUAACUACUUACUACCUGCACCAUAUACUUUUACGCGUGAGAUCUUCUCUAACUGUUCUUGUACCAUCCAUAUCAACACCUCCCACCUUACAUGCUUUCUCAACCUAUAUAAAGCAAAAACAAAAAACAUACAACAGUGAGGAUUCGCUGGUGGUCACCCACCCAACUACUAACUCACCGGCGUGUGGCUUGAGUACGGCUGAGCGGACGGGAAGCCCUAUUUUCCACACCCUAUGGUCGUAUGUAUUUGAUACAGCGCUGGAGGGGAACAUAGAGCAGCUGAGAAUUAUAAACUAUAGCUGUGGUAGGAUGGAUGGUAACACAGCUUAUGCCUUAUCGUUACCAUUGGGUCAGACUUUCACGACGAAACCUAAGACAAAUACAUAUGAUAUUGCUAUAUUUCAUUCACACAGCGAUAAAACAAAAACAAAAACAUACAACAGUGAGGAUUCGCUGGUGGUCACCCACCCAACUACUAACUCACCGGCGUGUGGCUUAUGUGCGGUCAGUAGUUCGGUGGGUGUCGCCUGGGGUGAGAAAUGGGUGAGCGCCGCUUUACGGUCGCGCGACCAGGGUGAGAUA